CGCCCUCUAGUGGAGCCGGCGCGGAAGGACAGCCAGUGAGGAGGAGUGAGCACAGGUCAGGUUGUUAUGGUGAAGCAUUUCCCCGGAGGCGCUGGCUCGAGCAGGAGCGGAGGACAGCAAGCUGAUUCCGUUUCAGAGCUCCGUCCACCGCAGGUUUCCUUCGGGGGAGAAGUGGGAGAAGAGGGACGAGGGGAAAGGACCGAAGGGUUAAAGAUGACACGAACCACAGCUGUGUGGCUGAAGCCUUCAUAAGCUUUUGGAUUGGAGAUCUGAGAAAUCAUCAAUGCAAAGAUUUCAUCCAGUCCUUCAAAUCCUGCAUGUGCCUUUCCAACAUCAAUAAAUAUAAUCAUGGAACGGAAAUCUUUUGUUGCUCAGACAUGGAUUCACAUGUCGCUUCGUGUCAGAUCCUGAUCGUAUCCCUCAUAAACAUGGAUUGAAGACCAUAAAAGAAAAGAUCAGAAAAUAUUUGUGACUGCCUGCUGCUGAAAAUGGAUAAAGGAGCUGAAAACUGGCUCAUUGUGGUCUGGACUCGGUUCUUCCUGCCAUGAUGGUUUCCUCAUAAAGACUGGGAAAUGUUUCCAUUGAUGUCCUUUAAUAGAUUCCUCUGAAAUCAUGGAGAUAUCUGUGACUUGAAUCCCCUCCACAAACUUUUUGUUUCCAAGUAUCUUCCUGCUGGAGCUCUUUAGAAAUCAGUCAUCAAGGCCAGUUUGCUCAAACACAAUGAUGAAGAGGCCUGUGAGGUUUUGAAGCCCGGCUCAUUAAAUCGGCUUCAUCCUCACAUACUUGGUGAAACGAACUGUGACGCAUUCGAACGGUGAUGGCAGCGGACCACGGCGAGCUGCUGGCUGAGAUGGCGACGGUGGGCCGGCUGAGUGCCGCGGAGCGGCUGAAGCACGCGCAGAAGCGCCGCGCGCAGCAGCUGAAGGCCUGGACGCAGAUGGAAAAGGACGCGGUGCGAGGAUCCAGAGCCAAAGCAGACAAGAAGAAGCCCCGCACGAGCAAAGUGACAUUUCCCGACUCCGUCACCCUGCUGGAUGCAGCUGCCCGCAACGAUGUGGAGGAAGUGAGACUGCUGCUUAACAGUGGUGUCAACCCAGAUCUAGUCAAUGAAGAUGGACUGACGGCCCUUCAUCAGUGCUGCAUUGAUGAUUUCGUGGAGAUAGUGCAGUGCCUGAUAGAUGCUGGUGCCUGUGUGAAUGCCUGUGACAGUGAGCUGUGGACGCCGCUGCACGCUGCUGCCACCUGUGGACACACUGGGCUAGUGCAGCUCCUCAUUCAAGCAGGUGCCGAUCUGCUGGCAGUCAAUGCUGAUGGCAACAUGCCGUAUGACCUCUGUGAGGACGUGGCCACCCUGGAGCUGCUGGAGGUAGCUAUGUCUGAGCAGGGGAUAACUCAGAGCCGCAUAGAUGAAUGCAGAGGAGCUAAAGAGGCCACCAUGCUGGCUGACAUCCAGACUCUGGUACAGAGCGGAGCAGACCUCAAUGCACAUGAUGAUAAUGGAACAACGCUGCUCCACAUUGCGGCUGCCAACGGAUACAUAUCUGUAGCUGAGCUGCUAGUAACCAACAGAGCUGAGCUGGAGGUAAAAGACUCUGAUGGAUGGACGCCGCUGCACGCUGCCUCCUGCUGGGGACAGAUCCAAAUGGUGGAACUGCUUGUGGCCCAUGGAGCCAGUCUAAACGCAAAGUCUGUUCUGGAGGAGACACCUUUAGAUGUUUGUAUGGACGAGGACGUCAGAGCCAAACUGAUGGAUCUAAAGCACAAACAUGACGCCAUCAUGAAGAGUCAGGACAGGCAGAAAGGGACUCUGCAAAAACGAGCGUCUAGUACUGGCAGUAGAGGUAAGGUGGUGCGUAGGGUCAGCGUGAAUGAGCGCUCCAGCCUGUACCGACGGGAACACCAAAAGGAAGCCAUCGUGUGGCAGGAGCGCGACCGGCAGCCGGAACCACACGACGACGAUGAAGACAGACAAACGGACAACGAGCUGCACCAACACGCCGCGAUGAUUGCUGGAGGAGCAGCAACAUCUCGCCUGGAGGAACUGGAGUCUGCUGACAGGAAAAUCGCUUCCUCUAUAGGCAACGGGGAGACGUCCGUUUCUCUGGCCUCCUCCGUCCCUGGAGAGCUUUGGACUGGAAGUGGUCUCAUGGAUCGCAGCGCCUCCUAUCAGCUCAGCUCUGCGCCCACAUCUACGUCUGCAGAGGGCGACGCUGUUGACAGCAUGAGCCGAGAGAAAUCCCACCAGACCCUGGCUGACCUGAAACGGCAAAGAGCAGCUGCUAAACUCAACAAAUACCCAGCUCCUCCUCCUCCGGUGGAAGAAGAGCCUUCUGUUGCAGCAGAGAUGCCAGUCACUCCAGCUCAGUCAGAAAUCCAGAUUUCCCCCUCCGCUAAUGACACGGUCUCCGCCAGCCAGGUGUACUUCACCCCAUCCAGCGGGGAUCCUCCACUGCUGAAGCUUCGAGCCCCCGAGGAGGACCAGACCAGCAGCAAAGAGCCUUGCUGUGGCCUCAUGUAAACAUCCUCACACUCUGUGAGCCUGCAAGUGACAGAAACCAGACCAGCUCUGCAUCAAAGUGAUGAACAACCUUUCAAGGAGCCACUUUAAUAGAUUAGAAAAACAAUCACUGAUCAUGGAAGCAACCAACUUCACUGGAGUUACUUAUUUAUUUAUCGCAUGCAGGACUUAAUCAGCACAUUUCACAACGUUUUCAGCAGACAAAUGUCUUAUAACUAUAAAGAUGAUUUAUUUUGAUAGGAAUGUUUCUUUUUUUUGAAUGAUUAGUUUGAAAAUGACAUGCUUAAAUUGUGUCAUCAAUAUUUUUUAAGCUUGGAAAAUGAUUUGAGGUUUUCUUUUAUAAACCAGUAUAACUGAAUGUACACAAAAGAAUGACUGCUGCUCUGUUCAAUAUUUUUCCAUCAACUUUUUUUUGUUUCCUAGUAAAUAAAGUAGAAUACAUUUCAAUCUUUUUAUGGUAGAAUUUGUACAUCCUCAAUAUGAAAUGAUGAAUGUUUAAAUAAGUGAAUAACUCCAUCAUUCUUUCUACCUUUACAGAUAAAUAUCAAUAUUUAUUCUGCCCGCUGCACAUCUUCAGAUCUUUGAGGAAUUGUUGACAUCAGACAUAUUUCUAAGGGUCGGUGCCUUCAUUAAAGUGGAUUGUUAUUGGUUUGCAACGCUUGCACGGACUCCCACAUGUAAAUGUGUCAGUGGUGGGAUUGAAUGACCUUAAUGUAAAAUGCACUCCCUUUAAUGUAUUUUAUUUCAGUUUUGUUAAUGAUUUUUAAUGAUUUCUGUUUAAAAAACAUAAAAGACUGUUUCCACA